CUUGCACGCAUACCAGUACUAACCGAGGAUCGUCCCAAUGAAUGACCCGCGUGAAAUACACAGAUCGAAAUGCCUCGAGUUCUUCAAAGACCGCUAUGGACAACGUGUUCAGUAUUACGGUCUGACUGCAUAUGGUAUGCCUACCGGAGCUAGCUGUUCCGUUGACCCUCUUUUGCCAUAUCUACUCAAUGACAAGUCAUUCUACCAAGCAAGACUCUAUGUCUCUGAAACAGCGGUAAAUUUUGAAAUAACAAAAGCUCUAUGGGAAGCUAUGGGUAUGAGCCCCGAUGACUACACCCUUCUGUUGGAUAUGAUGUCAAGUCCUAGAAGCAGAUUUUGGACAAUAUGUCACGAGGAGGACUUUUCAAACACGACACACCCUCGCUACCACAAAGAAAUGAGUCUGGGUGAACUAGUAGUUGCGCUCAUCCGCUGGCCCAAGCGAGAUCAAGAUCUAGCGCAUCGCAAUAUCGUAGCUGCACUGCAAACCUACCAUCAUUACCUUCUGGGACACCAUUAUGGAGAAUUCUGGCCGUUUAAACCAGUCAGACAGAACCAUCACAUGUACCCUCUUGAAUUCGGCCUCAUGGUCUACAUGGAAGAGCAAUGGAAGAAUAUCGCAUGGGUCUUCCUAGACUGUGCAGUUCCCGAGAUUCCAAACUUGGAUACGUUAGGAGAUGUGGAAUCAUCGUUGAUGGAUCGCAUAGCGAAGGAUAAAGUCUUUGGCGAAAGUGAGAAGAGAGAAACGCUUCGUUCCGUUCACGUCCUUUUCUCCUCUGCCGGCACUGGUAAAACACGACAGAUAUUCGAACUGUUACAAAAGCAGUGGGGGUUUUAUCUUCUUGCCCCGAAUCUGGCCCCAACUGCGGAACAGUCAAAGCAUGAAGGCAUAGACAUGAUAGAUACGAAACGAUAUUCGGCAUCGAGAGACACGUAUACCAUGUUUGCGGAUCAUCCACAAAUGAUUCCAGAGUUGAUCUCCGAAGAAGUCAAUGUCUUCAGGCCUCUUAUCGUCGCGCGUGUUGCUCUUCUUUACGAGUUUUUGCGCAGGUAUCCUUCUCCAACACCAAGACAAUGGCUCUGGUUGCAGAUAUCCUGUGAUACCUGCGAUCCGUUCGAUGCCUUGUAUAGACUCUUUAGGUUGUCGGCAGGCCAGUAUCUAUGGUGGGAUGAAUAUGUCUAUGUUUGGGCAGAAAUACCAGCCUUCAUCGUACACAAAUGUUACAGUUUUCUCAGUAAACAUCCUGACCAACUGUUCAAGGCCUCAUUGUAUCACUGUUUCGAUGAAGCACAACUUACUCUCGAUGACCCUCGGGUUUCCUCGAUGCUCAGUCACCUUUACGCAACACUCACACUAAUGUAUAUUAUACCAUGGAGUGGCCAUAACACCGAAGAACGCGCUGAUGAGGAUAUGGAGGAUGAAGAGAGUGACGCAAUGUCAUUGCAGACCAGUGAUGACAUGCCAUAUUUAGACCCUAUCCUGGUGAUUUCUGGAACAUCACUUCGUCUGGAAGUGCUUAAAGAAAAUCUUGCCACCUAUUCUUCAGAUGCAUGGGGUGAAGGCGAAAAAGCAGUGAAGAAGUGGGAUCGUUAUCGCAUUGACGAUACGUUUCAACUCGUUGCAUCUGAUGCGGACUUUUGGGCGCUCUACGAGAGACAUACGAAUGAUAUCCUCAAAGAAUUCAGAACCUUUAGAGGUGGAGAAGAAACUGGAGACUUGUCAAGAUUGCCCCUUUUGAGCCGCAGUGGUCGGCCCUUGCCGUUUGAGUCAUCUGAGGUUGACCUCGAUAUGGUUGAGACAUGGGUACGGAGACCAUUGGAAGUUCCUACGACGCAGGAGUUUCUGGCCCUGUUUAAACAAGCAUACUUCCUGAUGGAGAGUGACAGGACUUCUACUGAUACCCCCCCAAUCCAUCUAGAAGAGCUUCUCGAGAAUCGAGAUUCGGAAGCUGUUGCUUCGCUUAUCACUCUGAGUCUCUGCCAACUCCUCACUACUGAUACAGUACCGGGAGCGGAUAAUUUGGCUCUGCCGUUGCUAGAAUUACUGGCCGAUCAUGGAAAUAACGCUAUAGACCAAAUGGCUUCCAUCUUCCAGAACAUGAAUCCACAAGUGGAGACUCCCAAAACAUCGCUCAGUGGAAUAUUAGAGACCUUACAUACUGUUCUGAGGAACCUGUACAUCCGAAAGACGAUCAAAUCGCACAGUAUUGGUCAGCGCGGGCGAUAUAGAUGGUCAACGGUCUACAUCGAGGAACUGAUGCUCCUUUAUCCGCGCUUGACCAGCCCAGGAUCGACUCUGUCCGAGAUACAGAUAAUCAUUGAGGAGGCAGAAAGCAGAACGACAGUUGCAGCCAUAGAUGCUCUCAAAGUUCAAAUUCGCAAGAUGAAGUCAGCUGGGAAGGAAGAGUUAGUUCAGGACCUCUUUCGCGCUGGAAUCAGAGCAGAGAUGAUGAGCUCCCCUACCAUCUUUGUGAAACCAAACUUUGCACAGCUUGUCACCUACGGAUUUGCAUUAGUUCAGAAGGACGGCGAUACCAUAAGAUACACGUUUUCUGAGCCGAUAGCUGUUCGGGCAGUGAUGGAGUAUCUUCGAACGGAAGGGGGAAACGAGUAUCAAGAUCUCAUGCUGCAGUGGCUUGUCCAUACACAAGAUGAUUAUGAAGUUCGAGCAAUGUUCGGGAAGGCUACGGAGUGGUUUGUUGCAAUGGCAAGAUAUCCCAAACACAUUUAUCAGAUGGGCGAGAGACUAAUUGAUGGUGUUGCAGUCCUUUGA